AUAUUUGAUUUUGUGAAAGCCAGUCCGGAAGCGAUUCCUACUCCUCUUCUUAUUCUUCGGCUUUCGCUUCCUCCGUGGUUCUAUAAAUCCCCAUUCUCUUCCAUCCUUCCAUGCAUUUUCUCUUUCUCUCAACUUUCACGUCCAUUCUUUCAAUCAAAAUCAACAGAUUGAUUUCUCAAUGGCUUCCACUCGUGGAGGCUCCAUCUCCCUCAAUUCCGACGACUUCACCCCUGAAGACCACAAAGUCGCUGAUAUCCUCAAAGAAUUACCUCUUCUCAUUCAAAAAUCCGAAUUCUCUCUUGGAUUACCCCCUUCCUGGCCUAUCCGACGCAAGAGAUCCGCCGUCGUUUCCCCGCUGGGCUGUUCAACAGUCGUCGCUCAACCGCCGCCUCCUCCAUCGUCAUCCGAGGAAGAUAAGGAAACUAGCCCUACUACUCCACUUUCACUCGACUCAUUGACCUUGUCAAGGAGUGAGUCCGAUGAGAAUAUUGCCAACGUCAAGGUUUCCAAGAGGAAAGCCCCACUCGCUAAGAAAUUUAAAUGUGCGGAAUCCGUUGAUAAAUUGACCCACCAGAAUCAAGCUCUGGGAGAGAACUUUGAAGCUAAGAAGCAACGUUUUGCUCAUCCGAAAACUAUCAAUUCUGAGUUGAAGGCCAAGAAGCAAGAGGCUUCCAUGAUUCUUGGUGGUUCCACUAACCGAUCAGAAAUUCCCGAAAAUGGGACCUCAACUUCGGGUACGAAAUCCUCAGACUUAAAUAUGGAGAACAAUCUCCAUGAAUGUGAACCGUCGACGAAGAACCAGACAGCUCCAAUGGCAGAACAGAGUAACGAUAACCAGAACCACCAAAUUCCAAUUGAUGAAAUUCCUUUACUGGACCUUAUGGGGAUUCCUGAUUUGAACUUAACUGUAGAACAAAAUUGUCGGGUAAAUUACAAAAAACAGUUGGCUGCCAAAGCAAGACAGAACAGGGCUCGAAUCUGUAAGAAUAAGAGGAACAAGAAGAACAAGAGGAACAAGAGGAAUAAGAGGAACAACGGCAAUGGCCCUGCAAAUUAACAAUCCCAAUUCCACAAUUUUUCCAUUUUUUAGAUUCAAUCAAUCAAUUGUAUGGGAGAACUGUUUUGAAUCUUGGGGUAGUUUUGUUUCCCUUGAUUAAUUGAGUUACUCGAACUGUGAAGGUAGAUAGAAUCUGGAUAGAUAUAUAUAUAUGUGUAUAUAUAUUAGUUUCUUUC